AUGAAAACAGAAGCACAACUACCAAUUUAUACUAACCAUUCAAUCAAAAUUACAAAUCAUAAUCAAUGUCAUAAGAACAACACCAAAUAUAUAAUCUUUACAAACAUUAAAGAUCAUUGUCCUGCUAAUUGCAGUCAAUGCAGUGUUCCUCUUGAAUGCUAAACUUGUGCUUUCGGUUAUGUAGUAACAUCCGACAAAAAGUGCCAAUAAGAAAACUCAUCAAUACUAGAUUAAAUCAAAAAUACCACUGUGGGAACACCCCUUAUGGCUACAUUCCCAGAUGGCAGCUACAUCCUUAUGUGGUACUAAAAUGGAGAUAAUGCUGGUGUCUAUUUCUAAUUGUAUUCUGCCGAUAAUGUAAAGGUUGGAGACCCAAUGAAAGUUACUGGAAAUGCUAGAAGAUUGUUAAGUCAACAAUCCAUCAUCUAAAACUUUUAUGCAGACAUAAUUUCAAUUGAUUAUGAAUUCUUUGUUACUUGGAUGGAUGCCUCUUCAGCUGCAACCGACGUUAAAUUGAAGAAGUUUUCCUCUGAUGGAACUGCUUAAAGCCAAGAUAUUCUAUUGGGAACUCAUUAAAACAAAGAUUUACAAGACAUUAAAAUACCUUGUCAAAUUAAAAAGACUCCAAACAAUUCUUUAUUGAUUGCUUAUAUGGCCAAAACCGAUAAUGUAUCUAAUGAAUUCUCCAUGUUCAUUUCAUCAUAUGACUCACUCAUGAAUAGCUUGUAUUGCAUAAAUCAAAAAUUACUCAAAGAACCAAGCUAUUUCCAAGUUCAUCCCUUCUAAGAUGUAAAUAUAGUGUUAGUAAUCUAAACUUCAAUGUCAUUGUCAUUAGAUAUAUUUAUUUAAAUAAUGAAUUGA